AUGACCAUCAUAUUAACUGAUCCAGUGUGUCCAGUUUGUGAAUUCCCUUCUAAUGUGGAACUCCACUUCGGUGGCCUAGUCUGCGGAGCAUGUGCUGCUUUCUUCCGGAGAACAGUUUCACUGAACAUCCGUUACUUAUGUGAAAAGAAAAAUCAAUGCAAGGGAAAGAGAAAGAAUUGCAGAGCUUGUAGAUUUGAUUAUUGUGUGAAAAUUGCUGGAAUGAAAAGAAACUUAGUAAGACAGAGAAAAAAUUCAACAAACACCCCAAUGUACAUAUUGAACAGAAGAAAAGAUUCCGGAAAUGAAGAAGUCGUCAGAGGUUUUGUGACAUCAACCCAAUCUAAAUGGGCACAACAUUCGAGAAAGUCAUCUAUGAGUCCUAACAAAGAAGCUGAAAAAGAUGUUAGCAAGAUAUUGAAAAUAAGUCAUGGGAGGCUUUUAAAGUAUUACAUAUAUCAAAUCACACAAGGUAAAUGGGUUAAUAUGAAUACAUUGAAUAUAAAAUCAGUAGAGGAAUUUUUGGAAAUCACUAGUAUUCACAAUAAACUAGCAGCUGAAAUAUGUAAAACUUGUCCUGGAGUCGAUCUACUUGAUAAUGAGGAUAUUUUGACUAUACGGAAAUAUUUUCAAUUUUCCAAUGUUUGGAUUGAAUCUGCAUGGAAUUAUUUGAUGUCAGCAGAUAAACAUGUUCAAAUUGAUGACUCGGAACUUGACUUAACACUGCUUAAAUUCAUUAACCAAGUAAAAUCAACGCUGCUUGUCUCACUUUCCCAGCUGAAAUUCAAUACUAUCGAGUUUGCAGCAUUCAAAUCAAUUUGCAUCUGGAAAUUGGUGUAUCAUGGGACAAGCCGAGCCAUGAAAAUUAUUGCACAAGAACAUUAUGAAGGUGUUGCAAAAGCUUUGAACGAUUAUUAUCAGACUUACACAUCUAUGAAGAAAUCACGCUACUUGCAAUUUUGAUUUUUGUGAGUUUGAUCAGACAAAAUAUCAUAGUUUUAUUUGAAUUAUUUCUAGCAAAUUUAUCAUGACAUGGCAAAACUUUAUGUGCAUUUGGGGCUUCCAUUCUAAAUUUUUUGAAACUUUUCUGAAUCUCAAUAAACAUUUGAAAU